AUGGGCUCGGUAGAAGGAACCAAGUUUGAAAGUAUAUUCAUGCAAGACCCAAUCAAGGCCGUUGUUGGCAAAAACAAAACCAUUUUCCAUUUCCAGCCCGGUGCUUUGAUACAGGGCAAAUCUGCCUUGACUGCCAGGGUGACUGGGCCAUGGAAGAACGCCGGAGAGGAAACAUUGGACUGGUCUUAUUUUGAUGAAGAAACCAUUGAUUGCGUUCUGAGAUUCUUUCAUGGCCGGCAAUACGAUGUCCCACGGCAGUCGGCUAUGAACACGGGGAAUCCAGAGCCAGAGCUAGUGUUGACUGAACUAGACGCUCAGGAAGAUACUGAGUCUGGUUCCCCACUUGCCACCCGAAGCUACACAGGGGAUGCUAUAGUGCUACAUGCUAAGGUCUACUCAUUCGCCCAGCAUUAUCUCAUCGAUGAGCUACAAAGUUUUGCCCUGACUCAGAUGAAGGACUGCUUCAAGCCUUGUCUAGAAGAAUACAGCUCUUCACCCCAAGCAACAAGUCUCUCUCUAGUGGAGGCGGUUCGGAUCAUCUAUAGCUGCACGCUCUCGUCAGAUACUAACAUUGAUGCUGCUCGCAUUGCGCUUCGCAGCUUUAUUGCCUCAUCACACGAGGAGUUCGCUCAUUACCUUCCCCAAUUUCAAAAAGAAACUGGGGACUUUAUGACUGAACUAGCUUGCGAACUUUUGGCUCAGCUUACUCUCCUUCAGUCCUCCAAGGCUGACCUGCAAAAGACAUGUGAGAAGAAAGACGGUUACCUUGCUGAGUGGAGAAGAUGUUACUACCAGCUGCCGAGUAAACAGCAGAAUCGUUUCUUCUUUAGUGGUGGACGAGUGCCUUGA